AUGAUAACUAUCAUAAUCGACUCAGGCAAGCUCCAAAGUUGCGACCUGGAUGCAUUGACCUAUGAUGAUAUGCAUGUGAACUUCACUCAAGAAGAAUGGGCUUUGCUGAAUCCUUCACAGAAGAGUCUCUACAAAGAUGUGAUGUUGGAGACCUACAGGAACCUCAAUGUUGUAGGCUAUAAUUGGGAAGACCACAAUAUUGAAGAACAUUGUCAAAGUUCCAGAAGACAUGGAAGGCAUGAAAGAAGUCGUACUGGAGAGAAACCCUCUGAAAAUAUUCAGUGCACCUACAAGUUUCAGAAUAUUUCUUAUCCAGUGUGGUCAUCUGAUCUACAAAAUGAAACAAGCAAGAGGCUCCCUCAGCUGAGGACACAGAGCUGUCACAGAAACCUAGGAAUUCAUGAAGCCAUUGACCAUCUAGCAUGA